AUGAUCUACGAGUACUGCGACUCCGAGCUCAUCCCUUCCCGCAAGUGGCUCCACGUCCGACUUUCCCCUCCCGGGAAGCCGCGUGAAAAGAGGUGGUGGGUUUGCGACAUAUGCGGCAGAGAAGGGAAGGACUGCUACUGUCUCCGUCCCGUGCUGCACAAGAUCCACCCGGCGCUGCUGGACGAAGUGCACGACUUCGUCUUGCGGAAGAACGCCGUCCACCUGGAGCCCGCCGCGUGGUUCGACCUGGCAAAGCUCCACGACCCGGGCAGACGCCGUUCGAUGCGCGCCCCGAGCGGGCUCCAGGCCUUGUGGACGCAAUUCAUGGCGGGCCUGCGGAGAGUCGGUGUCAGCAUGCAGUGGGACCCUGCGUACCUUGCUGCGGUAUACCGCGCCUUGUCACAGAGCGCCCCUCUGUUGACAGAGCUGACCCUUUUCAUACCCGGACGGCAAAGGACGAUUGCGGACUGGGAGGCAUAUACCGGUUUCCUCUCACGUCUUUCCGGGAUCCCAGAACGGCACAGCUGGUCGGCUGCCCCGUUAAGCGAGUUUGUUACAGCUGCGGCGAGGAAAUGUCGUUGACGG